CCUCUUAUUGAUUUCAUUUUUUGUAAGAAUGAUUCAAACAAACAUUGUCUGAAAUUUCAGGAGAGCCAAAAAAGAUGGGAAAGGGCUGGUUAGCAUGUGUCUCGGCCCCUUGUUUACCUACAGGAAAAGACAAAAAACAUCAAGAGAAGGAGAAGAAGAAAUGGUUUGGGAAACAAAAGAGUAGAGAAUCCAUUGAAUUCUCAUUGGAGGAGACUACUCCUGUAGAUCCUUCAUCUUCCUCCAUUACUCGGCAGUCCCCUCCUCCGUUGCCUGAUUUUGUUCCUCAACCGUUGUUGCCCCCACCAUCCCCUCCUCCUCCUCCUCUGUUUGCUGAUUUAGCUCCUCAGCCGUUGUUACCACCAUCAUCCCCUCCUCCCCCUCCUUUUCCGCCAUAUGCGAACAAUAAAGGCUAUGAUGCUUCCAAAGAAGCAAAGACUAGACAAGCUCUGGCUCUCGCAUCGGCUGUUGCAGCCGAAGCAGCGGUGGUGGCUGCACAUGCUGCCGUAGAAGUCACACGUCUCACGUUGAAUACCUCAACACGUCAAAUUGUGGAAUCAAAGGAGGAAGCUGCUGCGAUCAAGAUCCAAAAUGCGUAUAGAUGUUACAAGGCAAGACACACUCUACGUAUGCUGCGAGGAAUGGUCAGGCUAAAGACGUUGCUGCAAGGAAAAUACGUGAAAAGACAGAUGAACGCGAUGCUUAGCUCCAUGCAAACUCUUACACGUUUACAAACACAGAUUCAAGCGAGGAGGAAUCGGUUAUCUGAAGAAAACAAAGCUCGUCACACGCUGAUCCAGCAGAAGGGCCACCAGAAAGAACGCCAAAAUCAGAAUUUGAUUAUUGCGGGAGAUUUUGAUUCCAGCAAUAAAUCGAAGGCACAGAUCAAAGCACAGUUUGCAAAUCGGAAAGAAGCUUCUGUAAGACGUGAGAGGGCUUUGGCGUAUGCUUACAGUCAUCAGCAAACGUGGAGAAACUCUACAAAACUUCCACACCAGACUCUGAUGGACGCAGACACUCCUAACUGGGGUUGGAGUUGGCUUGACCGGUGGAUGGCAUCUCGUCCAUGGGAACCUAUAUCCAACGACGAUCAAGCCUCCCUCAAACGCGAGAAUUCCAUCAAGACUUCUCCUGCCAGAUCUAAAGAACCAAAAUCUGGCAGCCAAAAAGCUAACCAGAGCGAGGGGGUUAAUCGUAGGCACAGCAUUGGUGGUGGAUCAGCUGAGAGCCUGGAUAGUUCUUUAUCACGCAGAAGUUCUUUUGGUAAUACGGAAACUGAAAAAUCCAAGGCUAGUCUGGAAACAACAAGCAACAUGACUAACCCCCAACCGUUGAAGAAUUCCAACUCUAGUGUGCAAACAGCAAGCAACUUGAGUAGCCCCCAACCGUUGAAGAAACCCAAGGGAAGUGUGGGAACAGCAAAAAACAUGGUUAACACGCAAGCUUUGAAUUCUAAGGUUAGUGUUGGCCAACCUAGCAACUUGGGCUCCCAUAAGAAGGUUGUGUCCGAUAAAAAUAAACUUCCGCAAAUGGUAUUGCCAAAGAAGAGGCGUUCAUCUUCAAUUUCUCUUGCGUCAACAAAGAAGGUUUCGGAUUCGGAAAAAGCUACGACAGGCGCUGCAAAUGAAGAGAAAAAGAGAAGAAAUGGUAGCUAGUACCGGUUAACCUUAAGUUUAUUUCAUGGCGAUUUGAUAAAUUAAGCAUCUCAAAUCCAAGAUUUUUUCUAUCAGAUUAAAUCUGUGAAAAAAGUGUGUGUUUUUGUUGUUUUCUUUGGGUGAGUACAAAGUACUAUUAUCUGUUUGCGGUUUCGUUUUCUUUCUUUUUUCUUAUUUUUUAAUUUGUUUUGGUUAAAAACCUCUACAUCGCAUUGAAUGUUUGUUU